AUGGUAUUUUCCGUGCAAACUCACUCGCCUCGACCAAUCGCUAUACACAAGCAAGCUAAGUUUUUGCUACAACUCGAAAAGAUAGUAUCAACCCCCAGUACUGGGAUCUUCAUUAUGCCUGUUUCAACGAUUCCCUACAAUGAUGAUCCACGCCCCCACAAGCAUGAUACUGCUGCAUGCCCUGUUCUGACCUUUUCUAACGCGGAAUUCCCGACUCUAUUGGAGGCGAUGAGCUUCAUGGGACAUAUGAACUUUCCCGUCAUGAAACUUCCAGCCGAGAUCCGGGAGAAAAUCUGGGAACAGGAGAUUCUGGAGGAUUGUGAUUACCUCGAGCGUAUGAGGAUCGAACCAUACGUGGCGGACUCACCUAAAUGCCCCACGUUUCUUCCGAGGCGAGCACUGGCUUCCAAGCAGAUGAUGAACGAGAUUGUACCUGUGUUCAUCAAGCUCGCCAAAUUCGCAAUGUCAUCCAUCGGCGAUAAUGAGUUUUUCUGCAGCUUUCUUGACUCAGUUCCGAAAGGUCGGGCGUAUGUACGCCGAUUACGAUUCGACUUCUUCGAUUGUGUUCUUUACGGGCACCCAGAGAAUCUAGACUUGAAGCUAGCUGCGUCGUGCUCCGGCCUCCGGGAAAUUCAGCUCACAUUCCACUGGCGAAAUGUUCGUCGACCUGUGGAUGCCAUCGUUCAACACUACCAUCUGAAAAUGCUGCUCAACUGCAAGCAGCUGUCUCGAGUUAUCUUGAUCACCAUGGGGUAUUACUCCAUUGAAGCGCUUGAAACUCUCCAUGACCUCGGACAAUGGAUUGAAAAUCAAUUCCAUGACCAGGGACAAACGGUCAAAUACAGUGUUCUUUGA